AUGGCCCUGGACCCUUUGACAGCCUUUACGGUCGAGGCUUGGACGUAUUUGGGGCUUAGCCUCAUUGUCGUGGCCAUUCGCUUCGGUGCUCGAUGGCGUUGGAUGGGCCUUGGAGGCUUGGCUCCCGAUGACUACCUCAUGGUUUUAGCUGGACUUCUGUUUACGGCAGAAACUGCAACGGCACAUUUCGUUGGAGCUUACUGGCAAGGACUGGCCAACAAUGCCAUGACGGACGAGCAACGUGCAGGCCUCGACCCCGACAGCGACGAAUAUUACCGACGAGUCCAUGGAUCGCAGACGCAGCUAUUCGGUUGGCUGGUGUAUACCGUGCUGCUCUGGUGCCUCAAGCUAUGCUGGCUGUUCUUCUUCAAGCGCCUCGGAGAUGGCGUCGACAACAUGACGCUCAAGAUCAACAUUGGCUUUGCAAUUGUCGGGGUGACGUUCUUUGGAACUUUUUUCACCAUUCUGUGUUCAUGCUGGCCCAUUUACAAGAAGUGGCAGAUCUACCCUGAUCCUGGAAAUACUUGCUAUCCUGCCGUCUCGCACGUCCAGGCUUGGACCUUGAUCUGGACAAACUUGAGCACUGACCUGUACAUCAUGUCUAUCCCUCUACCGAUGGUCUGGAACGCCAACAUUCCCAGAGCAAAGAAGAUUGCUCUCAUCGUCAUCUUCUGUGGUGGUCUCAUCACAGCAGUCUUUGGAGGCCUUCGAUGCGGUUACGUUCUCCAGGGUGGCGUAGAAGGUCCCCAACGAGCUGGAGAGUGGUCCUGCCGAGAGUCUUUCGUGGCUAUGGUUGUGACUAACCUGCCUGUUCUCACUCCUUUGAUCCAGCGUGGUGUGAGACGUGCACGCAUAGGAUAUUCGGGGUAUAACGGAUCUGGAUCGGCUGGGACUCCAGGCGUCAGUAAGGGCAGUAGUCGUUUCCAGCUUACGACUAUAGGUGGCAAGGGAAGAAAGAAGGCCGCCUUUAAGCAUCCUCUGUCGUUGCCCGGGGAAACUUUUUACGAACGAUAUGGCUCUGAGGAAGAGAUUGUCGAAGGAGGUCAGAAUCCGAAAAGCGCGACAAACCCAGACUCGGAGUCAUAUCGAAAGAAUGAUGGUAAGGGUGGCGAGGAAAUUGUAGUGACAACGCAGUGGAAUGUCGAGCAUCAGGAGUCGGAACGCCAUGAAGUGGACAGGGAGAGUAAGAAGUUUGUUACAGCCGGCUACUGA